CACAGCGGGCGCUGCCGCCCCUCGCCCGCCCCGGGCCGGCCCAUCCGCGCCGGGAGAGCAGCGCCGGAGCGGCGGGCAUGGCGGCACGCAGGGUGCUGGUGUACGGCGGCAGAGGGGCGCUGGGCUCCCACUGCGUGCGGUACUUCAAGUCCAAGAACUGGUGGGUGGCCAGCAUCGACCUGGCGGAGAACGCGGACGCCAGCGCCAACGUGGUGGUGAGAGCGACCGACUCCUUCCCCGAGCAGGCCGAGCAGGUGACAGCAGAAGUUGGAAAACUUCUUGGUGAAGAAAAGGUGGAUGCGAUCCUGUGUGUAGCAGGAGGAUGGGCUGGAGGCAGCGCCAAAGCCAAGUCUUUAUACAAAAACUGUGAUCUGAUGUGGAAGCAGAGUGUUUGGACAUCGACUAUUUCCAGCCACCUUGCCACAAAACAUCUGAAAGAAGGUGGCAUCUUGACUCUGACAGGAGCUCAAGCUGCUUUAUCUGGAACCCCAGGGAUGAUUGCCUACGGCAUGGCCAAGGGAGCAGUGCAUCAGCUUUGUCAGAGUCUGGCUGGUGCCAGCAGUGGGCUGCCAUCUGGUUCUGCUGCAGUUGCCAUUUUACCGGUUACCUUAGAUACACCAGCGAACAGGAAAUCAAUGCCUGAUGCAGAUUUCAGCUCCUGGACACCCUUAGAAUUCAUUGCAGAAACCUUUUAUGACUGGAUAACAGGAAAGGAUCGACCAAGCUCUGGCAGUCUAAUCCAGGUGAUAACUACAGGUGGGAAGACUGAACUAGUUUCAGCAGCACAUCUUUGAUGUCAGUCACUUGAAGUGAUGAAAUUUCAGCCAAGGAGAAAAUGUGGAAAAUCUGUCCAGCAGUAUAAUUUAAUGGUCUUAUGUAUCCAGUGUUUGUUGUUAUUCCAUUAAUGGAACCAGAUUUCAAAUAAUAUUUGUGCUGUCAGUUGUGAGCGAUCAGCAUUUGUUUACCAAAUAAAUACCAACUUGUCUCUAAAUGAAAGUUGCAGGCUUUAAAGUCUGUAGAUGUCCUAAUUCUGAGCAUUAUAUGGCAGUUUACCUGUUUUCUAUGAAAUGGGAAUUGUGCUUAACUAUGUCAUGUGAUUGCAUACAUAAUGGUUGGAUUUUCUUUCUCUGUCAUUAAGUGUUUCUGGCAUCUUACUGUGGAUCUUUCAGUUUUCUGUCUUUUUCUGUCUGAGAAUAUAACCCCACCCCUGCACAUUGUGUUGGCUGUAGCCAUAGGGAACACCACAGCCAUGGAUCAUGUCCUAGUUGUGUAACACUUUUCUUGUGAACGUUCCACUUGAGUUACUGAAACUGAAUAGAGAUUACUCACUUGAGAAGGAAUUCCUGAUUUGCCUUACAGUUCAUAAGGUGCUCUCAGGCCUACAGUUGUAGGAUAAAAGUCAUUCUGUCAAAUGAUUAAUAUGUCUUUCUCUUUGUCAUGAUUGUUCUUGACUUCUUCAAAAAGCAAAGUGCCGUAAAGUAGUAGAAAAAGCAUACAUGCACUUGAAAAUGGAACUUUUUGUGCUAAAUAAAUAUAUAUUGUUUUAUGUACUGGGCUGUCUCCAUUACUGUAAUCCCAAUAUCUUGAUAACAUUUUAAUUGGUUUAAUUGAACACACAGUUCAGUUGUGGUAAAGGACCUAAUUUUUUUACUUAAUUCUGAUGGUACAUAAAAUACAUUUGUCUGUGCCAAAGAUCUACUAGCCAUGCAUAGAGGCAGGCCUUCAGCUGGGCCAAAUGUUUUCUUAAAUCCAGCCAUGUUACAUGGAAAUACAGUUCAGACAAAGAGUGUAAGCAUUACCUGUUCUGAGCAUAGACUUAAAUGAAAUCAGUUCUGUUGGAUUUUUGGGAACAUCUUGAAAGCAAUUAAAUAUGCAAAGUUGUGUGUA